UCAAUUCAAAAUGAAAGAAAUAAAGAAAAUAAAAAUGAUGAUAAACAAGCUAAAACCGCAACAUCACAAGGCAUUGCAUUUAUGGUAAAAGCGCAAGAAAACCUUCCGGUAGAUAAAUGUGGAUCUAUACUUGAUUCCGGUGCAAGCGACCAUCUGAUAAAUGAUGAGUCGCUGUACAUCGAUAGCGUGGAAUUGGUUCCGCCGCUUAAGAUCGCUGUCGCCAAGCAAGGCGACAUAUAUAUAUAUUUACGCUUCUAAGCGUGGCAUUGUGCGCUUGCGUAAUGACCACGAAAUAACGCUGGAGGAUGUGCUGUUUUCCGAGCAGGCUGCCGGAAACCUGAUGUCGGUGAAGCGCCUACAGGAGGCUGGAAUGUCAAUCAAAUUUGAUAAGAAUGGAAUAACCAUUUUCAAGAAUGGAUUGACGGUGGUCAAGAAUCCAGGCCCAAUAGUUGGUUACAUACGCGAUCGCACUCAGGAUUACAUUUUGGUAUUUCACAUAUUAAACGUAUUUAUGGCGCUUUGUGCUUUUCCUUGGGUCAUUGAAGUUCUAAUCAUCAAGUUCCGCCGACGCAGUAAACUUGCCCCGCAAUAAUGUUGGCGAGCAGAGCAGUGGGAACAACACAUUGGCGCAUUAAAUGUAAUCAUUUAUAUUAAAUGCUCAAUAAGCAUAUUUUGAGAUGUUUAUAAUGCCGCAUGCACACAUUUAUUAAAAUUUAGUCCAAAUAAUGUAAAAAUAACGUGUGAUUUUUAUUGUUUUAGAAAAACCAUAAUUUAUAAAUCAAAUAUUACAACAUAAAUAAACUACUUUAUCCUCUCAAACUAUGCGUAUACAAAUUAUACAAAAAAAAACGGGUUGAGUAUAAAAAUAUAUGAAAAAAUAAUGACAUCAUAAACAUAUCUUGCUCAUUAAUGCGCUGACAGAUGACAGAUUAAGUAACUAAGUAUAAAAAUGUAUAAAAAAUACAUAAAUUUUGACUCCAAAAUAAACUAUUUCACCCCAUCAAACUUAACACGAUGAAUACAUAAAUCAAAAUAUUCGCAAAAAUGUCAGCAUAAAACUACAGCAAAGCAUAAAUAACGCAAUAAAUAUUUCGUUUAUUAUUCAAUCCCAUCAAAAUGAAAUUUUAAAUAUUUAUA